CAGAGCUCACUUGGACUGUGGCCAUUUUGUAAUUGAAGUCAGAUCUGCCCUGUGAAAAGACCAGAGGGAGACACCACCCCACAGAGGCGCUGUGAAGUGAGGCCCCUCCAAAGGAAGGCUGCUCAGAAAGGAAGACUCAUGGAUCUCACAUCCACUGUCAUCAUCCCGCUGCUUUUUGGCAGCCUGGGGCUCUUCUCCCUUUUCCGGCUGCUGCAGUGGAUGCGGAUGCGUGCUUACCUCCGAGGAGCAGUGGUGGUGGUCACAGGGGCCACCUCUGGCCUGGGAAAAGAAUGUGCAAAGGCCUUCCAUGCAGCUGGCUCCAAGCUGGUGCUCUGUGGCAGAGAUAGUGAGAAACUCAAAGACCUGGCACAGGAACUUUCUGCCAUGACUGAUCACCGAAAGAACAUACACAAACCUCACACUGUGGUGUUUGACCUCUCGGACACUAAAACCAUACUAAAUGCUGCUGAAGAGAUUCUGAAGUACCUGGGUCACGUGGACAUACUGAUCAACAACGCAGGCAUCAGUUACCGAGGCACAAUUGUAGACACAGGUCUGGAUGUGGACAAGAAAGUGAUGGAGACGAACUAUUUUGGUCCCAUAGCCCUCACCAAAGCACUUCUCCCCUCCAUGAUCAAGAGGAGACAAGGCCAUAUUGUGGCCAUCAGCAGUGUUCAAGGCAAAAUAAGCAUUCCUUUCAGAUCAGCAUAUGCUGCCUCUAAACAUGCUACCCAGGCCUUCUUUGACUGUCUGAGAGCAGAGGUUGAGCAGUAUGACAUUGACGUGACAGUUAUAAGCCCUGGAUACAUUCAAACAAACCUUUCUCUCAAUGCUGUAACAGCGGAUGGAUCUCGCUAUGGAGUUAUGGACAAGAACACCGCUGAAGGCCAGACGGCUGCAGAGGUCGCUCAGGUGGUUCUCUAUGCAGUGGGGCAGAAGAGGAAGGAAGUCCUUGUAGCUGGCCUAAAACCCUCCCUGGCUGUAUACCUACGAAACCUCUUUCCCAGGCUUUUCUUCAACUUAAUGGCAACUAGAGCAAAAAAGGAGAGAAAAACAAAGGACUCUUAGAGCUCAGCUCAUUUGAGCAGUAACUGUAGGGAGAGAGUAACGUCCUGCAGUUUGGCUGGGACAUCAGUGGAAGUGGGAAAAACCUUUCUCUAAAUGCUGCAACUUACCAUUGCAUGGAGAGUGAGAAGCAGUGUUCCUCACGGCAGGGCAGGCCCACAUGACAGAAGACAGCACCUAAACCUCUCUGAAGAAGGGUUCUUGGAACACAAAGUGUGGGAGCUGAGGCUACAGGGGAGGGUAAUUGUAGGUAUGUGCACACUUCACAGCAGGAGAAGCCCAUGUGCUGAAAGACACCACUUUACCUCACCUCACCCCAGGCACACUCAGCUUUACUGCCUGCUACAAAUAAAACCCACUUGGUUUGCCUUCAUGCACCCCGUGGCCUCUGUGAAAUACAGUCCCCAGCUGAGAGCUCGCAUGAUCAGCGUCUCCUUCUCCCUCCUUCCAAUCUCAUCCAAAACACAUUGCUUGAAGUGGAAAACUUCUGAGCCUCUGCUUGUUCAUGUGCCAAACCAUGAUAUGUUAAACUAAAGCUAAGUCCAGUGCCAUUUUAAAAAAGUAAUUGAUGUAGAAUGCAGGUUUUCUUUGGAAAUGAUGUUAUCUGUCUGAUUCAUGCCUCACUGUGGUGUGGGUCCGAGACACUCUGUGCUACCUGACAACACAGCAUUAACACAACACAAGUUAAUGCAGGAGUGGCACCAAACAGAUUAAAAACAGCAGGGCAGCUGUUAGCUGAUAGCACACCUGGCCCACCUUCCCAAAGCACAGAGUAGGUGUGAUUCCUCAGCUGCCAGGCACAUCAUCUUCCUGGCAAGCAGAGAAGGAUUUGUGGGUAGGGUCCCAGUUGCCAAUUGGGAUUGAACAUCCAUGGAGGGAAGGAGAGCUGCUUGUACAGAUACUGCAGGUUUCAAGGAGUCCUUCAGCCUGAAGGAAUGCCAUGCUCCGUACUUCACCCCUUUGCAUUUUCACACUGCAUAAAACCUGUACCUCCUCCUAGAGGAGAUGUAUCCUGCCCUGUAUGAUCCCAGCAACGUUAGGAAAAAAAAAGUGGAUGCACUGAGGUAGUUCAGAAAAGGCAAAAAUAUAUAAAUUGAAAGAAAGCUUAUAAGGUCUAGACCCCUGCUGCCACCUCCAUGCACAUAAUCCAUGCUCCAUUAGCAGCACUCUCCCUGUGUACUGCCUUGUAUGUCCUGCCUGUGAGUGUGUAUCUGAUGACAAAUAAAUGACAUUGCCAUGAACUGCA